UAAAAACUAUAUGCUCUUUUUAGCUUCUCUCUGAUCUUGCAUCUUCAUGUUAGAAUAAGUUCCCCAUGUUUGAUUGCACUGAUCAUUAACCAAAUCUAGCUUGCUAUUAUAUAAAUAUAUUAUGCUCUCAUCUCAUGCUGUUCUUCCUGAAAGUUAUGAUGAGAAGCAUCAGUUAGUACUGAAAUGAUUGUUUGAUGAAGCGUAAUAUUCUUUUAUUCUUUGGAUAAUCAGUUCUUGAAUUUAGAAACCACAAUGGGAAUACAUUCAUACAUUUUCAUGCAUCUUUGUGUCAAGAAAAAAGAUGUUACAUUUUCUUUCCAUGUAUUGUGAAAGGAGAUGGUAGGUCUAAGUUGUUUAGAAUCUUGUGGUAGAAUUAAUUUUUCUCUCGAAAAGAGUGAAAAACCUUAGUAUGGAGGAACGAUGGUGAAUUUAUUCCAGUGUAUGGAAGGAGGGUUCUGUUGUUUGAUACUUCAAACUGAUAGAGACAAAGACACAUGGGAUCUGACAUGGGGUUGUGUUAUGAGAUUCAGAGAUGGAAUAUCUUCUACAAAGGUAACAAAGGAAAAACUGGUCCUUGUGCUGCAGCAGCAGCAGCUAGCAGCAGAACAAUCCAAAGUUGCAGGCUGGUUGAUGAUGGUAGGGCUGUGUGCCUCAGCUAAGGACACAGUCCCCCAGUUGCUCUCCCCUCUAGAGAGACAGCCUCACCUCUGUAGGGAGAAAAGGGAUACAUAUUUAAUGGUUGUAAUUGGAACUACUCCUAAAUCUGUGUGUUCCCUUUCUCCCAUCUGCCUCUUGUUCAUACAGCCAUUCCACUGUCAACACUCUAUCAGGUGGUCCCAUUCUUCUGCUCUCUCUUGUUGCAGCAUACCCAUGAAGAAUACUGUUUCCAUUUCAUCACCUAAAGCCAAACCAACAUCUCAAACAGUUCCUUGGGGUUGGUUUUUUUAUCCUUUCUGUUCUUCAUUUUUUUGCAUUUUUGGAAUUUCAAGCAUCUUAUGGAUUUGAUUUGAUCUGAUCUGAUUUGAUUUGACCCUUCUUUCACUCCCUUGGUUUGUUUUGCUGAAAGCCCAAGUUAUUUUCCUUUCCACCUGGAAUAAUAUGUCCAAAUGAGCUAAUGGGGUAGAGAUGUUAGCCCAUUUCAAGUCUUCAAUCCUGCUGUUCUUUUUCAUGGCUGUUAGGGGAAACACUCAAGAGUUCCACCGACUGUAAAUUGAUCAAACCCUUCUUUUGUGUUUGUUUGUGGCCCACUUUUAUCAGUUAGUCGGAAAUGGCAUUGUAAUUAUUGAUUGGAAUGAUUUAAUUAGGGGUUUAUUUUGUCACAAAAUCUCCAUGAGGGGAUCACAAAAUCUCAACAAUCCUAUUCCACUCCCAUGGCCUCAAAAACAUUCUCCCCCACACCAUUACAAUUAUAUAAAUAUUCUCUUCCAAUCAACAUCCCUUCACUCCCCCCCCUUUAUCUCCUCCAUCAUCCCCACGAGCUAACCAAAAUCUCUCAAGAACAUCAACCAAGAAAACGUCUUUCAUCUUUGCUAAGUGUCUAAGUGGUAGUAGAUAUUGUCUGCUUUGGUUUGUUACAUAUCGUCAUUAGCUUUACAGCUUUAAAAUGUGUCUGUUAGAGAGAAGUUCCUAUAUCCUUCAUACUAGUGUGUGAUAUCACAAUCUACCUCCUGAAAGUUAGCUUUCUCGCCAGUACACCGUCAGGUGGAAAUGGGUAUGAUUUUCCCACAUGGGUUGUACAAGAAUCGGACAUGCACACAUCCCUUAGCCUUCAAACAUCGAAGCCAGCCAGCCAGCCAGCCAGCCCACACACCAUCAAUUUUAUUGUUCAUAUUUUAUGAACCAUCAGUUUAUAUGCUAUGCUCCUCCCUGUCACUUCAAAGAAUUUUGCUUCUCGAACUCCUCAUCCACUUGGCAUUCCCAAGAUAAGUUUCUUUUAUCUCUUCCUUCCACGCAUCUUUCAAAACUCGACCACAAGAGGUUUGAGUGUUAAAAAAGAUUAUCCAUUCACUUUUCAUCAUGCAUUCUUUUUUUUUUUUUUUAUCUAUUAAUUCUCCAAUAUGGGAUUCUGUGGCGGUCAAAAACUCAUAAAAAAUGCCACCAAACUUCAUUCAUCUUCACUUCAUUCAUCUUCACUUCAUUCGCCUCUCCCAUAUCCAUCCCUCAUAUGUCCCUUCUUCUAAGGGAUAUAUUAUGAAAAUGAUUUCAAGCUAAUGCUUUUGAGUAGGACAGUCGGCCCUUAAAAUAUUUUUUAUUCCCUUCCCCCUCUGUCCUUGAUAUUGCGAGACAAGUUCCUUAAGAGGAGGGCAGCAAAAGAGAAACUUGUAGCUCUCAAUCCCUUUAUUUAUAUAUACCCAUUCCCCCUUUCACUCUCGCAUUCCAUUUUCAGAAAACAGAGAGAAAAAACAGAGAGAAAAACAGAGUCAUCCUAUCUAUCUAUCUAUCUAUCUAUCUAUCUUAGUUCUUUGUCAAUAAGGUAGAGCUAUGUGUAAUCCAAAACCAUCCUCUCCUAAUAACUCCUCGUUUCUUCCUCCUAACUACAAAGCCAACUUCAUGGCUACACCCAACAAAAGCUUGGAUAAUCAUAAUCUUAAUAAUAAGAACAAUCUUCUCAAGCCUGCUGAUGAUCAACUAGCUCAGCUUCAUAGAUUCCCCACUGUCUCUGAGGCAGUGGAGGAAAUGAAGGAAAUAGGGAAGAUUUCAGGUCCAACAGCCAUAACAGGCCUUCUUUUGUACUCAAGAGCUAUGAUCUCCAUGCUUUUUCUUGGCUAUCUUGGAGAGCUUGAACUUGCUGCUGGCUCUCUCUCUAUUGGCUUUGCUAAUAUCACUGGCUACUCUGUUCUCUCUGGUUUGGCCAUGGGAAUGGAGCCAAUUUGUGGCCAAGCUUAUGGAGCUAAACAAUGGAAACUCCUUGGCAUAACCCUUCAGAGAGCUGUUCUUCUUCUCCUUACUUCCUCUGUUCCCAUCUCCUUCAUGUGGCUCAACAUGAGAAGAAUCCUGUUAUGGUGUGGCCAAGAUGAACAAAUCUCUUCCAUGGCUCAAACUUUCAUCCUCUUCUCAAUCCCUGACCUCAUUUUCCUUUCUCUUCUUCACCCACUUCGAAUUUACUUAAGAACUCAAAGCAUUACUCUCCCAUUGACGUACUGCUCUGCUUUCUCUGUUCUGCUUCACAUUCCCCUGAAUUUCCUCCUCGUUGUGCAUUUCAAAAUGGGCAUUUCUGGUGUAGCCAUUGCCAUGAUUUGGUUCAAUUUCAACGUCUUCUUCUUCCUUGUUUCCUUUGUUUACUUCUCUGGAGUUUACAAAGAUUCAUGGGUUUCUCCAACCCAAGAUUGCCUCCAUGGAUGGGCUCCUCUGCUUUCUCUUGCGAUACCCACUUGUGUUUCCGUUUGCCUCGAAUGGUGGUGGUAUGAGUUCAUGAUAAUGCUUUGUGGGCUUCUCGUAAAUCCCAAAGCCACCAUUGCUUCAAUGGGGAUUUUGAUUCAAACCACUUCUUUAGUUUAUGUUUUUCCAUCAUCUCUCAGCCUUGGAGUUUCCACAAGAGUCGGUAAUGAAUUAGGAGCAAAUCGACCCGCCAAAGCUCGUUUAUCAAUGAUUGUAUCACUCCUUUGCGCCGCCGUGCUCGGCGUCUUGGCGAUGGUGUUCACCACUCUAAUAAGGCACAAAUGGGGGAGAUUUUUCACCAACGACACUGAAAUUCUUGAACUAACGUCCGUGGCAUUGCCGAUUGUCGGGCUCUGUGAACUCGGAAACUGCCCACAAACCACCGGCUGCGGCGUCUUGAGAGGAACCGCUCGGCCGACGAUCGGAGCUAAUAUCAAUCUGGGGUCGUUUUAUUUGGUGGGUUUUCCAGUAGCGAUCAUAAUGGGGUUUGUGGUGAAAUUGGGAUUUGCAGGGCUGUGGAUUGGGUUGCUUGCAGCUCAAGGUUCAUGUGCUCUGAUGAUGAUUUAUGUUCUUUCUACAACGGAUUGGAUAGCUCAAGCUGAAAGAGCGAUGCAGCUUACGAAGGUUGGUUCUUCGAAUUGCAAUCCGCCAUUGUUGCCACUUUCAAGCUCCUCAGAAGAUGAUCUGAGUGUAAAAAAGAUUGAAAAUUUGGAGGAGAAUUUGUGCAGUAAUCAUGAAACUGAUCUUCUCUUACCCACAACAACAACAAAAGUUACUGUUCAUUAAGGCCCUUUUUUUUCCCCCUAAUUUUUGCCACCCAAUUUAUUUCAUCGACCCAUCUCUAGUUUUUAGUGUAGAAAUCACUACUUGGUUAAAUUAUGAGUUUGGGUCGUUGGCUUUGUUUAGUUCUUAUAAAAAAAAGCUUUUAAUACACUUAUAAUCAUGUUUAUUUAC